AUGUCAACUCACAGAAGACAUCGUUCUUCCUCCUCAUACUCUCCUUCUGCACUUCGGACCUCUCGAACUCCCGAUUCCCCAUUUAUGUCUCAGACUAUCGGGAUCUCUGAUCAUGAUCAAGCUGCUACUUCCCAAUCUCAAUCCUUUACUUCAAAUAUCGAUUUUUCUCCUGCUGCCCUUCCAUCCACUUCUGCCUCAUACUCCCCUUCUGCACUUCGGACCUCUCGAACUCCCGAUUCCCCAUUUAUGUCUCAGAGUAUCGGGAUCUCUGAUCAUGAUCAAGCUGCUACUUCCCAAUCUCAAUCCUUUACUUCAAAUAUCGAAUUUUCUCCUGCUGUCCAUUCUUGCACCUCUGCCACAUACUCCCCUCUAUCCCCCUCUCACCGUUUCAGCACAGACCAUUCCGAUGCACAAGUCACCACAAAUCAUUCCGACGCACAAGUCACCACAAAUCAUCACGACGCAAACCCCGGCUUGAAUCAUCAUGAUUUACAAAUCUUUCCGGACGACCCCCACUUUGACGCUCUCGACGAUACAAACGAACCAAACACCGACACAUCUUUCGAUGAAGAAGACGAAGACGAAGACGAAGACAGUGCAAGUUCAAGUAGUAUAAUCGAUAUGCCACCUCUUCCUUCUCCCAGAAGUAUAUUACCUUCUUCUCUCUCGCUACAAGCUUUAGAUAGUUUAGAAGCUGGUAUAGAGCAUAUCAGCCAGAUUGGUCAGAUUGGUCAGAUUGGACAGAUUAGUCAAGUGAGGGAAUUGGUAAGACGGAAAAGUGCCAGGUUUUUAUCUGGUUUGAGAGGUUCUUCUUCUUCUAAUAGGGAGGAUGAAACAAGGGGUUAUGGGACUUUUGGGACUAAUUUGGGAGUAUGA